AUGAUGAGUUACUUGGAGAAGAUGGACCGGUAUUUAGAUUCUUUGAAAGUGGGUAAAAGCGCUAUGGUAGAUUCUUGGUUUAUGAUGUCGAGUCCCAUGCCCAUAUUAUCAGUGGUGAUAUUAUACCUGCUUUUUAUUAGAAUCGGUCCAAAAAUUAUGAAAAACAGACCGCCUUUACGAAUGAAUAAGUUAUUAAGCUACUAUAAUGCAUCCCAAGUUGUACUUGCUACUAUGAUUUGUAUGAAGGUAUUUAAAUUGAAUCUAUUCAGAGAUGGUAUAUUGUAUGCAGGGUGCCGAUAUCCGUCCAAUACUCAAAAUCCUAUGUUAUUAGAUUUAGGCUGGUGGUAUUUCUUUGCGAAAUUUACCGAGCUUUUGGACACUGUUUUCUUCGUUUUGAGGAAAAAGGAUAAGCAGCUUACUUUCCUCCACGUGUAUCACCACGUGAUCAUGGCUUUGUAUUCUUGGAGUUAUCUCAAGUUCGCCGCAGGCGGUGAAGGAGCCAUACUCGCCCUCCUAAACUCGGUUGUGCACGUUGUGAUGUACACAUACUAUCUCCUAUCGGGCUUAGGACCACGGUUUCAGAAGUAUCUGUGGUGGAAGAAAUAUGUCACUAAAAUGCAGCUGAUCCAAUUUCUGCUAAUGCUGUUUUACUGUGCUUGGACUUAUAAUUCACCUCGCUGUCAAUACGCCGUUGGAUUUACUUACUUUAUAUCCGCAAACGUUACUAUCUUUCUUCUAUUGUUCCUAAACUUCUAUUCCAAAAGUUACAAAAAUAAGAAGAACAUAGAGUCUAAGAAAGAGAAUGGAAAAGUAACGAAUGGAUUUAAUAGCCCCAACCAAAACGGUGUAUCAGAUAAAUGUGACAAUAAAGAAAACUGUACUUGUCGAGAAGACAAAAGCGAUACCAAUAUUGAGGAAAUACCGUUCGAGGUCAACAAAGCCUGCGGUGACUAUAUAAAAGAUGGCAAAGUGUUUUUAACAAGACGCACAGCUAAAGCCGCGUAUGGACCAGAUUAUGACUUCGAUAGCAUAAAGAAA